AUGGAAUCCUGUCCUAACUCUGUAAAAGUUAACGUUUUUUUCAAAAGAACUUCAGCUUCAAACUGGAAAAACUAUGAACGCUACUUCUCAAUAGCAAAAAAACUGACUCAUGGCUCUUUUGUACGAGAUCUGAUUAUAAUAGCAAACCAUAAAGAUAUUUCUUCUUCUCUGCAAAAAAGAGCGAAAGCUAUAGCUGACUAUGUCAAAAAUAAUAAAAAUGAAAGACAACGUUUUCUGGAUUUGCAGGAUACCUACCGAUAUUAUCGGGAACGAAAGCGACUUCGGAUUAGUAGUUCACUAAAAUUGGAGCGUGCUGUUAAUAACAUGAUGGAUAAAUCAGUCACCGAAACGGAAGUAGAAGAUGAUGAAGAUGGUGAAGAUGAUAAAGGUGAUGACGAUAAUAACGGGGAUGAAGAUCUCGAAUAUGAAGAUGCUGACAUGUCAACACCUAAUAAUGAUAUAAUUGAUGAUGAUAAAGAUUUGGAUUAUGUAACUAAGUCGACUAGUAGCGCAAGUGGUUCAAAAAAGCGUAGAAAAUCAUCUGAAGAAUUAGAAGAGUCCGACAUAUCAGACAAUGUUGAAUAUCAGGAUGAGCUGGUUGCAAAAAAAAAUAGGCAGAAGGAAACUAAACGUACUAAAUGUGCAUAUGUUUUAAAACAAAUAAUUGCGGAGUGGACCAUUGAUAAUACGAACAUAAGUGAUGCAUUUUUCCAUUUCAAGAGUUUUGCUGAAUCCAAAGCGAAUAGACAUGAAUUGAAAUUCUCAAAUCAUCCUGGCGAAAUUCUCGCUCUUAAUUAUAUACUCCUUUUGGAGGAAAAUUCCAACCGUGUACAAUUGGAUAUUUCAUCAGCUAUUCGCACGAAGAUUUUCGACCAAAUGAAGGCAAUGUACCCGGAAUAUAAUUUGCCAAAAGUAGUUGAAGAACUAUGUCAUCGAUGUGCUCAAGCUGCCCGAAAACAAACCAGAGAGGUUUUAGAAGAAGAAAUUGACAAUGCUUAUAGUGAUUUAAAGACAAACUUGAGUUCAUCCGACAAAAAAUUGCUAAGAACCAUUACUAAGAUAAUUCUAUUUAGUGCAGAGAAUUGGCGAACAAGUUUUGAUAGUCCUCAAACAAUAGAAAACACCCACGUACAUCAUUCAAUACAUCUUUAUUUACGUUCAUUUUUCCCCGAUGGACCUGAUAGAACAAUUAAUUGGACAAACAAGAUGUCGUUCGUAAGCGCAUCUAGGAAAACAAAUGAUAAUUACGAAAGUAAAGAACAUAAACCCGACUUCAUAAUCACAGUUAAUAAAAAAAGUGGCAAAUUUGAAGUUGUGUUUGGUCUAUUCAAGUCGCCUUACAAAAGUAGCUCUCACUCCGCAAAUGUUGAUCUAGUGGAUUUAGGAGUGUUAAUGAAAGACUCACUAGAUAACAUGUAUAAAGAGAAAUGUAUUGAAUUAGAAAUGGCUGUAUUUGGAAUUCAUGCAUUUGGUUAUAAUGUCCGUAUAUAUGCUAUGGAUCUUCCGUAUGACGCCGUAUAUAGAAUGUAUUUGAUAGGAGAAUUUGAAUUGCCAAAAAGUAAUAUUAGCCUGUGUUUGGUUGAAAAUGCGUUACAUGAAGUAGGAAGUUUGAAGAAUUUCGUAGAAGAAUAUAUUAAGAGGCUUCCAUCCCACAUCACUAAUAAUGAGAAUACUAAAACUCCAACCGAAAAGAUGAGAAUGACCAGGAGAACGGUAGCAACUCCUUGCAAGGUUGAGUUGGAGUAG